CACUGCCAGCUGGGCCGAGGCAGGGAUAUGGGGUGCGCUUGGAGUAUGGAAGUCCCCUAAAGUGUGAGGUGCCCCCUCGGUCAUGGAGUACUCCCAGUGUAUGGAGGUCCCCGAAACAGUGGGGUGGCUUUAGGAUUAUGAGGACACUCCAGGAAGUAGCAGGUGCGCCCCAGCGUACGGGGGUCUGUGUAAGAAUUGGUGCUCCAGGGAUAUGGGGGUGCUUACAGGGGAAAAUGGUGUCUUGCAAAAUGGGUAAUUUCAGAGCUACAGGGCCCCAAAAAUGUGAGGUGAUACAGGGCGUGGGAAUAUCCUAGGGGGCCUGUAAUGGUGCCCUGGAGCUGGGGGUUGCCCAAAACCGGGCAGGUGUUCCCAGAGAAUAGGAGUGUCCUUGUGUCUGUGGUGAUACCCACGGGAUAUGAUGGUGGCACUUGCCAGGUGCCCCCAGGGAAGAAAGGUGCCCUGAAAACGUAGGGUACCCGUACGAUGGACAAGCACAGAAAGCUGUGAGGAUGGGGGUGCUCGAAGGGUUUGUGAGAAUCCCAGCAGAAAGGGGAUGCAUGGGGAAUGCCCUCACGUGCAGGUUUCCCCUAAAGGCAAUAGGGGUACUCAGAGCCACGGCAUUCGCUAAGUCUGUGGGGCUGGCACAGGGGCACGGCUCUCUCUGAUAACAUGGCACAGCCAGGGCAGGAGGGACAUGGGACUCUACUCUGGGGGGGUGCCCCACAGCAACCCCCAACAGAGGGCAAGCCAGCCUUGAAGUCUCCCUGUGCAUCCCCCAAAUGCUGACACCACCCUUGCUCUAUCAGUGGGGAAACUGAGGCACAGAGCCUUGCAUUGCCAUCACCCACUAGCCACGGCCUCAAAGAGCUUCUGCUCUCCUGGGGGGACUGCAGCACACAGGGGUGCCUUGAAGGGGAUCCCCGCAUCCACUGAGGGCCUGGGGACAAAAUGGAGACCCCUAACUGGAGACUCCUGGGGUGCAUCACUGCAGGGAUGACAAUGAACCCCUGGGUGCACCCCCGGUGCAGGGCGGCCUGGACAUCCUGAGACAGGAGCCUGACAGGGGGCUGUGGGCUCCCCUUGGCCUGGGAAAGGCAUCUGGGGGGACCAGGGAAGGGUCCCUUUGGCUGCCACUUCCGCUUCAUGCUGGAGAAGAUUUUGCAACGUUUCCUGCCCGGGCAGUAUAAAUUGGGCGGUGGAGGAAAGGGGUACUGGAAGGCGGCACGGCAGCAGGCGCAGGUGAGGGAUCCUCCAGCUGCUGAGACCCCUGGGUCUGGUGCUGCCCUGCAUCCCACCACACUUCGUACUGGAGCCCUUUGGGGGUGACAUCUGGAUUUAAACCUGUGCUUGUGUGCUUCCCAGUGAGAAACAGCUUGGGAUCGGGAGAAGACCCCAGAUUUCAGGGGACGGCAAGAGCAGCAAGCAGCAAAAUGGAGCCCUUAUCCUUCAGUGGGGAUUUCUCCAACAUCUUCUCCUUUUACAACUACACCUAUGACUACAGCACAGCCAUGCCUGACACUGCUAUCUCAUCCUCUCCAUGCCGGCCUGAAAACUCUGUCCUCAACAAGUACCUGGUGGUGGUGAUCUACUGCGUCGUCUUCAUCCUCAGUGUGGUGGGGAACGGGCUGGUGGUGCUGGUGGUGACCUCCAUCCACACCAGCCGCUCCGUCACCGAUGUCUACCUGCUCAACCUGGCUGUGGCAGACCUGCUCUUCGCUUUCAGCCUGCCGCUCUGGGCUGCCUACCGAGCCCACGAGUGGGUCUUUGGCACUGUGAUGUGCAAAGCCAUCUCCGUGCUGCAGGAAGCCAACUUCUACAGCGGCAUCCUUCUGCUGGCCUGCAUUAGCGUGGACCGCUACCUGGCCAUCGUCUAUGCCACACGGGCUGCCACUGAGAAGAGGCACUGGGUGAAGUUUGUCUGCUUGGGCAUCUGGGUCUUCUCCGUGCUGCUCUCCCUGCCCGUGCUGCUCUUCCGUGAGGCUUUCCGCUCACCCAACAAUGGCACCGUGUGCUACGAGCGCAUCAGUGGCGAGGACACGGCCAAGUGGCGGGUGGUGCUGCGGAUCCUGCCGCAGACCUUCGGCUUUGCCUUGCCCCUCCUGGUGAUGCUCUUCUGCUACGGUGUCACCAUCCACACCCUCCUGCAGACCAAGAAUGCUCAGAAGCAGCGGGCCAUGAAGGUCAUCUUCGCUGUGGUGCUGGUCUUCCUCAUCUGCUGGCUGCCCUAUAACAUCACGCUGGUGAGCGACACCCUCAUGAGGACGCGGGCCAUUGCCGAGACCUGUGAGAGGAGGAACCGCAUCGACACAGCCCUCUCUGUCACGCAGGUCCUGGGCUUUGCCCACAGCUGCAUCAACCCCAUCAUCUACGCCUUCAUCGGUCAAAAGUUUCGCAACAGCUUCCUCAAGAUCCUGGCACAGCGUGGGCUGAUCAGCAAGGAUGCUGUUGCCCGCUACGGCCGCACCUCCUAUGCCUCCACCUCCGGCAAUACAUCCACCACCCUCUGAGCCCUUCUGGGACCCAGCCCUUGUGGCUUCCAGCAGGUCCCAGCACCCCACACACCUCAGCAUCCUCAUCCAACCCCCUGGAAUGUGGGUGGUGAUGCCAUGGGGAUGGGCAGGGCCACCACUGGAUGCUGGACCCCAACUGGAAGGGGGCUUGGUGGCAAGGUGGUCGGACCCCAUUGCCAGGGGAGUGAUGUCAAGUGUGCACCCUCCCCUCACUUUGGGACAAAGCCUGUGACCCUGGAGAUUCUGUGAGCCUGCUGUGGGAAUGGUGUUUUUACCCAGUGACCGUCCAGCAAUAA